AUGAGCAGGACAUUGUUCUCUCCGCCGUCGUUCCGGCUCAGACUCUGGCAGUGUGGUUUUAACCCGACAGUGUUCGUAAUCAUCCCCUCACAAACUUUUAUUUUGAAGGCCAUAGCAAUCAAUCUAACUUCCUGCCCCUCCCCCUCUUUGUUUCUGUCCAAUCAGGAGAAGCGGAUCGGCUCGCUGGACGCGGCGAACUCCCGGCUGAUGGCGGCGCUGACGCAGGUGAAGGAGCGUUACAGCGCCCCCAACAUCCGCAACGGCCUGUCGCCAAGCAACCCCACCAAACUGUCCAUCACUGAGAACGGAGAGUUCAAGAACAGCAGCUGCUGAUUGGCUGACAGCGGAGCGGAGACUCCGCCCCCGAGCUGAGGGCUCUUAAAGAGACAGAACUGAUGAAUGGAUGUAGAGUGUAAAUACUGAAGGUUGUACAGAGAGGAGGAGGAGGAGGAGGAGUCACAGAAGCACAGCGAGGAAGAAGAAACCAACCAAAAACACAAUCUGAACGUUUUCUAACUUUUUUAAGGUUUUUAUUUCAAGCUUCUAGUUUUUGUUGAGGAGUUUGAAGCUUUGGUUUUCUUUUUAAUUUCCCCCUUUGACGUUUCUGACUGAAUUUAGUUUUCUUUUUUUAUUUUUACCCGAUGCAUUGAUUCGGGUUUUUAAUUUAUUCCUCUUUGUUCUCGACCCCUUUGCUGAUCUACUGAACAGACCUGUGAAGGGUAGGGGUCAAAGGUCGCACCUGUCUGCUGUCCCACGUUGAGAAUAAAACUGUCUGAAAGCAGCACUGUCCUUUGUCAUGCUUCAGGGAACCACCUCUUCUAUGCAGCAGUCUGUUUGGACCGGACGGCAUAUUGGGACAAGAUUCUGACCCGAUCCAUCUGGUUCCUGUCGUCUUCAAACCGGUUAGAACAGUUUGGAACAUUUCCUUUUCAGAACACGUUCACAACUUUUAAAAUGUUUUUGUUUAUCGUGAAGCAAAUGGAACAAAAUAAACCUUUAGCGUCCAGAACCGUUUACGGUAC